ACAUGUGUUUUCGGUUUUCGAUCGCGAUGCCACUGCUAGGGCUGAUUGUUUGAGGCGAGAAAAAAGGAUUUAUUUCGUGGAAUAACCACUUUAGAUAUAUUUUUGUUAGUUGAAAGACAUAUAAAGGUGCUCAAGUACUCAUGUUUUGGCAGCUGGGUUCUUGAAAACUCGAAUUAUUAAGAAGAGUGAAACUACAAUGAGCUCUGAACAAGAAAAGCUGGUACAGGGUGACCAUGCAGAAAAUGAUUUGACAGAUUCUUCUAAUGAGGAAUCUUUGAAAGAAAUUGAGCAAGAACAUACAGAAUCAUCUACAAAUCGAAUUGUAGACGACUUAGAUAAUGAUAUUGAGAUUUUAGAUGAUGGGCAAGAUGAUGACGAAGAUCUACAUUUGGAGUGGGAUGAUGAUGAGAUUGAAGAUGAUAUCAUAUCAAUUAAUGUACCACCCUUGAUUGAAAAAAGCGAAGAAGAUAGAUAUGUAAAUAAAAUUGAUGACCCUAAAGGGAAAGUUAGUGAAGAAUCAAUCAAUGACAUUGUGACUGUAGAUGGUAUCAAUGAAAAAAAUACAGAAACAACACAAAUGACAGAACCUCUUAGUCCUGAAGAAUCAUUACAAAAUAUACAAUCAGAAAUUAAUAAAAUUUGUGCAGAUAUCAAAGAUAAUAUUGAUCAAAUAGAUAGCAUUGAUGAAGGUGAAUCCAAAAUUGAGUUAAAUGAUUCUGAUGAACUUAACAAAUCAAAAAGUCCCAUUGAAGAUUUAAUUCUUAUAGAUGAUGAUGAUGAUGAAUUAGAAAAUAUUGAUAAUAAAAUGAUUGACAAUAAAAAAUCAAUUGAUGCUGUAGAAAUUGAUGAUGAAGAAUAUAACAUAGGUCUUAAUCAAACAAAGACAGAUGUAACCACAAAAGAUAUUGUUAAAGGUUCCAAAGGACUUACGGACAGUAAAUUAAUUACUACUGAAGAUAACAAUGAUGAAAUUAAAGUACCAUCUUCCAACAAUCAAAUUACGAAAACUACUGAAAAUGUAGAAGACAAAACAACAGAUGAAUUAAUUGAAGCAGUAAAAAAUAUUGAGGCAAUUAUAAAAAAAAAUGAUGAUUUGGUAGUUGAUGAUCUCAUUGAUAAUACAUCAGUUAUUAUUAAAAGUGAAAUUAAUGAAUUCGUGACAGGAACUAUUGACAUUCAAGUUUCAGAAACUGCUAAAGAAAUGUCUAAAGUAAAUACAAACAAGUUAAUUAAUUUUCCAGAAACAGAUAGCGAGCGUGAUAAUUUUGAUCUCAAAAAAACAACUAAAUGUAUAGACGACGAUUCCGAUGUAUCUAUAGAACUUCCAGACAGUAAAUCUAUUAUUAUUAAAAAGGAAGAUGAUAUACCUGUAUCUGAGGUAACUAAACAUAUUGAAGACACUGAUUUUGAAAAACCUGUUACAGAAUUCGAAAGGUCCAAUCAAAUACUUGAUAAAUUAACAGAUGAUAAAACUGUAGGUGAUUUAAAUGAGAUUAUUGUUACUAGUUCACCUAAUCAAUCAAUAGAUACCUCUUCACUUGAAGCGAAUAUAGAUCAUGGUCUGAAUAAACCAGAUAUGAUGCUGGAAAUUCCUACGCAAGAAGUUAUAGAAUUCUUAGAUGAUACUGAUGUAUCCAUGGAUUUUAGCAAAUCAUCGUCAAAUUGUUCUUCAGAGAAAAGAGUCGAUGAAAAUGGCGUUUUGAAUGUGGAUAUUCUUUCUGAUUCUGCCAUUGUAGACCCUAAAUCUGAUGUAGAAAAAGUUGUAUUGGAUACAGCUAAAAAAGAAACAGUUACAGAACAGUCUGAAGCAAUGGAAAUAUCUCACACAGAAAUAAAUCAAACUGAAAUAUCUUCUACUAUUAACAAAGAACUAAUAGACGGAGGAACCAAACCAGAUGAUAAAGAAUGUGAAAAAGCUUACUCAGAUCUAACAGUAGUAGCAAACACUGUUACAUCAAAAAGAACUAAUGAAAAAAAAGGUGAUGAUACACUAAGAACAACCAAUGAUGGAGUACAUUCACCCGUUUUAGAAGAACCUGAUAGUACAGUCCCAAUAAUCAGUGAAUCCAAUGCCACUACAAAAAUUGCUACGAAAGAUAAAAUUUGUACUGUAAACAAAGAAAUUUACAAAUUAGACAAUUUUAAUAAAGACGUAUCUAAAAUCAAAAAAAAUUCAGUGCCCUCAGUCGAUGAAACAAAGCCGCUAACUUCACAAGCUCUUGACGAAGUAGAUAAUUGUUACAAAGACAAAUCUAAAAUCGAAAAGAUUUCAGUGUCUACAUUUGAUGAACCAAUUUCGUCUACUUCACAAACUGUUGUAACUGAAUCCGUUGAUUCUAAAGAUGAACUAGGGUCCACAAUAGAUAAACCCAUACAAUCAACUUCAGAAACUAUUAUUACUAAAGCUAUAGAUUCUAAAGAACUUGUGUCCACAAUAGAUGAACCAAAACCAUCAACUUCACAAGCUGAUGUUACUAAAGCUAUUGAUUCUAAAGAAAUCAAGUCGACAAUAGAUGAACCAAAGCCGUCUACUUCACAAGCUGUUAUUAUUGAAGCUAUUGAUUCUAAAAAACUCGUGUCCACAAUAGAUGAACCGAAACCAUCAACUUCACGUUCUAAGGAAGAACUUGGGUUCACAAUAUACAAAUCAAAACCCUCAACUUCACAAGUUAUUGUUACUGAAGCUUCUAUUGAUUCUAAAGAACUUGUGUCAACAAUAGAUGAACCGAAACCAUCAACUUCUCAAGCUAUCAUUACUGAAGUAGUCGAUUCUAAAGAAGAACUUGAUGAAGCUACAGACAGUCUGGGACUGUUGGCUGAAUCGUCGAGGGUGAUGGAAGAUGAUGAAGACCCUGAUGAUGAAGAAGAGGACGAUGAUGACUUCGACCAGGACCAAGAUGAGAGUAGUAACCAAAUUUCUGCUGAGCAUUCGGAAGAUUCGAACUCAAACGCACAGACCUCCGAGAACGACCAACUCAAAGAACAAGAUGAGAAAGAAUCUCCUCAGGAAGAUAAGGGAGAAUUUAUCUUUGCUAUUAACGAUGUAGUUACACUAUCGCAAGAGAAGGAAGGGGAUAUAGAAGAGAAGGGAGGGGAUAAAGAAGUGAAGGGUGGGGAUAUAGAAGAGAAGGGUGGGGAUAUAGACGAGAAGGAAGGGGAUAUAGAAGAGAAGGGAGGGGAUAUAUUAGAGAAGGACGAUGUAGAUGUUGAUGACGUAGUCUGUGAAGAUGUUGUUGAAGUCACUCCGGAGCAGAUAGGAACAGAAGAUAAUGUAGAAAAUAACGUCAUCGUAGACAACAUUGGGGAAACAGAAACGGUCAUUGAUAAAGCACCAGAAGAAAAAGAAGCGAUGGACAUUGAAACGGUGAAACUCUCGGAUACGUCUGACAAUGAGGUAGAAGCGGACUGCAGUCUUCUGAGAUCCAUGCUACGAGAACAGGCAAAAGAUGAAGAUCCUUUGCCUUCGACUUCCGAGAAAACAAAGAAAGAGCCAUCUGAAAAAACCAAGCCCACAGCGAAGAGAUUGUUCAUAACCAAGACCAGUGAGAGUGUCAUCAACUUUGUUGACUUGGAGGAGAGCUCUUCGGAAGACGAUGUGCAAGAAGUGGAUAAAACGCAACCAGAUUCGGCACCUACAGCGGAGCCAUCCACCUCUACGGAUAUACAGGGUGCUCUAACUGCGGGCAGUGAACCCAAAACUCCGACUAAAGUCAAGCGAACACCCCGAAUAAAUACAAGCGAGAUAUCUAUAAGGACCGUAAGCAGCUCAGAAGCUGCAGCUCAACCUCAAAUUAAGCCCGUUGAAGAGCCAUCUACACCGAAGUUUGGCCUAGAGGUUUUCAAUCUAGAUUCCGACGACGAAGAUACUAAAAGUGCAGACGAAACCCCACCCACCCAACCAUCCGACAAACAAACGACAGACACAGAACGUGCAAAAGAGACAGUCAAAUGCAUCAACCUGUCCUGCUCUUCCGCCGGCAAAUGCGCCUUCUUGCCGGCAGAUGCCGCCACUGUGGCUUACUUUGACGCUGCCAAAAAGAGACGGGCUAUGGUGUGUGAGCAGUGCGCGUAUAUAGUCGUUAAGAGGACAGAGAGUUUAGUGAAUGGCAUCAAAGAUUUUACUCCGCUACUGGACUUGGAUACUACGAAAAAGUGCUUAGAAUUAGUGGAGAUAUCCGACUCGGAGUCGGAGGAAGAAGCUGAAACGGAAAAUGAGGCGAAAGAGAAGAUAGGAGUUCUCGGAGCCAAAAUGCUGGAGCAGCACCUUGCUGACAUGAUCAAUAAGACUUGGAAAAAAUUUAAGAUGGACGUCAGACUAACAGAAGCUCAAGACGCGUUGAACAGCGAAUUGAAAAUGUUAGAAGUUGAGAGUAAAGAGAUCGACACCUUACUCAACGAGUGUCAGAUAGCCACUGACAAACUCAGGAACGAUUUGUACGCAACAUUUGAGCACGAUAGGAAAGAGUUACCCGCCUUCACCAUAUAUGACACGCCUUCGACUAAGUAUAGCACAGUGGAGCCACCUGAAGAAUACAAACCCUCCAGUACGGACGAGAAGUCAGUCAAUAAAGAUUGGACGCGUGAUGAAACUGUAGCUCUAAUAAAAAUGUAUGAACAGCAUAGAGAAUUGUGGGAUACCCUUAUCAAGGAUUAUUACAAUAAUGCCAUCAAACGUGCCACUCUGCGAAAUCUGGCGGUGGAUUUCAAUACCAGCAUAGGUGAAAUUAGAAGGAAACUACAUUCUUUGAGAACCCAUUUUAGGCAUGAGUUACAGAGAACACGCCAGCGACAAAAAGAGGGAGGUUCAAAUAAAAUGCUUAAAAGCAAAUGGGAAUAUUUUGAGUUGUUGAAAUUUACUACGGCCGAACAUAGACCGCCGUCGAUUCUGGAUUCCUUGAGACCAGUUAAAAAAUGGACGCGUGAUGAAACUGUAUCGCUAAUAGAAAAGUAUGAACAGUAUAGAUAUUUGUGGGACACUAAAAGUGAGGACUAUAAUUGCCGUACAAUGAGAGAGGCCGCUUUCGCAAGGCUGGCGGUGGAAUUGAAUACCAGCGAUACGGAAAUUAGUAGAAAAAUACAAUAUUUAAGAGUCAGACAUGGAAAAGAAUUAAGAAAGAUAGAAGAGCAUAAAAGCAAGCAAGGUUCAAAUGAAAUUUAUAAAAGCUCAUGGGAAUUCUUUGACAUGUUAAACUUUAUUACGUUCGAGAUUAAUGCUAAAAGAAAAUUGUCGUCGGCCUCUGAAACUCCAGCCAAACGGCCUGCGAUACCGCUCCCGUACGCGCCUAUAGAAGACGCAAACGCGCAGGACAAGAAUAUCUCUUCGGAAAUUUCGAAGUUGGACGAUGAUAAAGACAUAGCAGUAAUGCAAGUAUCUGCGGAAUCGGCCCCGUCUGAGCUCCCCGCGCCAGGGGAACUCAACAGGUCUCCCUUAAAGGCUGGAAUGAUAGUGUUCGGCAUGAGGAAUAUACUUGGGUCCUGGGCUAGAUGCCGUAUACUUGAAGUGCAGGGCCAAAGUUCGGUUCCUGGUUCCUGUCACACAUUCACGAUAUUCAAAGUGAGGUUCGACGGUAAAGCUAGGAAUCCUGUUAAACUGCUGCCCGGAAGAUGUCUGGCUUACCCUGACCCAGCCGAAGUCAGAUUGACCAUUGGUACUAGGGUUAUAGCCCUGUUCAGGGUCACCAAUGACAGCAAGAGGGAGACCUUUUACUCGGGCAUCGUAGCUGAGGUCCCAAAUCCGGUGAAUAAAUACAGGUACCUGGUAUUCUUCGACGACGGUUACGCGCAGUACGUGCACCACUCUGACACUCGCGUAGUGUGCGAAUGUUCCUCCUUGGUAUGGGAGGAAGUGCAUCCGUUCUCGAGGGAGUUCGUGAGGGAAUACCUGAUGGCUUACCCGGAGAGGCCGAUGGUGCGCUUGCAUGUGGGACAAAGCUUGAAGACUGAAUGGAAAUGUAAAUGGUGGUCAUGUCGAGUGCGUCAAGUGGACGCUUCCCUAGUACAAGUAUACUUCGAAGAAGACAACAGAACGGAAUGGAUAUACAGGGGCUCUACCCGUCUCGCUCCUUUGUAUCUGGAGCUGCAAGCGGCCGAGAGGCAACGGACCAGAGCUAUGCCGAGGACUAAGGCUCAUACGAUCAACAUGCCUUAUGUAGAAUACACGCGGUCGGAUGAGCAAAACAAAUCGGCUGAGCAACAAGCAUCGCCACAACAACAACAGCAGCAACAGCAACAAACCAGUGAGAGGGAGACUCGCCAAAGGGCGGUGGCCAAGAAAUCCACCACCCCCGCCCCCGCGCCGCCUCCACCAGCACCGGUACCCAUACCCGACAACGUCACCAGCAGGGUCGUGUACUACACACCCAAGAACGCGGUGAAACCAUACAAAAUGGUGGCUCACGUUUGCGGACCACAGUGCAAGAGGACCGAUGUGUUAGCCCUGAAAGACUUGAGGACUUACAACCCGUUGGCUAAACCUCUACUCAGCGGAUGGGAGAGGCAAAUAGUCCGUUUCAAAGGCCACAAGGAGGUGAUGUACCGCGCCCCGUGCGGUCGCCGGUUACGCAACAUGCGCGAGCUGCACCGCUACCUGCGCGCCAUACAAUCCGACAUGCCCUGCGAUCUGUUCGAUUUCGACAACAGCACACAUUGUCUGGCCGAGUUCGUGCUCAACACCUGCCUCGUGGGCAAGAAGGACCUCUCACACGGCAAAGAGAACGUGCCCGUGCCGUGCGUGAAUUACUACGACGAAUCUCUACCAGAGUUUUGUUCAUACAACACAGAACGGACCCCCACAGCAGGGGUGCCGUUAAACUUGGACCCCGAGUUCUUGUGCGGCUGCGAUUGUACGGACGACUGUGAGGAUAAAAGUAAAUGCGCUUGCUGGCGGAUGACGCUAGAGGGCGCUCGUACCAUCGGACUCGACGACACGAACGUUGGAUACGUUUACAAACGGUUACCGGAGCCUUUGCCUUCUGGAAUAUACGAAUGCAACUCGAGAUGCAAAUGCAAACACACGUGCCUGAAUCGAGUCGCGCAGCACCCGCUACAGCUCAAACUUCAGGUGUUCAAAACAUUAAACCGUGGAUGGGGUAUUCGCGCCUUAAACGAUGUACCCAAAGGCUCAUUUCUGUGCGUAUACGCAGGAAAUCUGCUGACAGAUGCUACGGCCAAUAUGGAUGGUUUGAACGAAGGCGAUGAAUAUUUAGCCGAGUUGGACUACAUAGAAGUGGUGGAACAAAUGAAGGAGGGUUACGAGGAGGACAUCCCUGAGGCUGAUAAGAAACUCGACAGGAAAAACUCGGCAAAAUCUGACGAGAGCGAAUCGGGAGAGUUAUCUAGCUCGGCAGAAGAGGACUCGGCCCGGGACGACCAGGAAGACGACGAUUUUCAGCCCGGAAUAGGAAUAGGACUGGGCGUUGCCGAGUUCAGCAAACGGUUACGCAAACGCGAGAAGAAGAAGCAAAAGAACGCAGAAGCGAAGCAGAAGGAGAAGGAACCAGCGUCGAAGGCAGAAGACGACUGCAUCACCAUCAGCGAUGAUGAAGAAGUGCGCGAACCGUCACGAUUUAUGGCCCAGCCCGGAAUGGAGUCGAGCGAAUUCAAAUCUAAAUAUAGUUCGGUUCGUUCGUACUUUGGAAAGGACGAGGCUUGCUACAUUAUGGACGCUAAGGUUCAAGGGAACAUUGGACGAUAUCUUAAUCACUCCUGCCAACCAAACGUGUUUGUGCAAAACGUUUUCGUGGACACUCACGACCCACGCUUCCCUUGGGUAGCAUUUUUCGCUUUAUGCCACAUAAAAGCUGGCACCGAACUCACGUGGAACUAUAAUUACGACGUCGGUUCCGUACCUGGCAAGAUUUUAUAUUGCUACUGUGGCGCCCCCAAUUGUAGAGGACGGUUGUUGUAAAAAUUCUAAUGUAAAAAGCGAAAAUAACAUUGUUAAGUGACAAAAAAUUAGGUGCCAAUAUUGUGUUUGCAAAUUUGGAAGUUAAAAAAAAAUAACUUCUUAGCUUUGUGAAAAAGCCGAAAAGGUUAAUAAUUUGUAACUCUUGCUAAUUCUGAAGUUAGACGUUUUAUUUAAUGACCAUAAUUUCAUGUGCAGUCAUUAUACUCGUAUAACUUAUUCUUUUGUUUUCUCAUGUAAGUGAUUUUUUUGUAUUCUCUUUUGAGAAAUAAAUAUCUUAAACCAUAUAACCCAGGCAAUGAAUUAAUUGAGUUGUGAUUUAUGUUAGCAUUUGCCUAUUGCAAAUAAUAAAGCAAGUAAUAUUUGAACUGAAUUAAUGAAAAAUUCAGUUUAAUAUUAUUUCAAUAGGAAUUAUGAAGAUGUUCAUAUGAAGGUUAUUGUCGAUAUACUAAAAAAAGAUAAUUAUGUUAAACUUUAUAUAACCGUUACAAAUAAAAUGUUGGCACGUAAAUUUAUGUCUUCUCAAGUCAGAAUUUCGAAUAUUAUUCUCUGUAAACAGUUAGUUGUAAACAAUUUUUACACAACUUUUUGACAUACCCGAAAAUCAUGUUAAUUCAAAUUCUAUCUGGUAUUUAUCACUUACUAUAGUGUAUGCGAUAGCUUGCAUUUUAUUUUAAUAAAAAGUUGUGUGAAAAUUGUUUAGUAAAUGACUAAAAGUAAGGAAAAAAUCAGAUUUAACUUAUAGAAAGCUGCAGACACGAAGCAAAAAUGUUCCUUCAAACCUUUCCGUUCAUAAUUUACAUCCUAUCAAACUUAGAUUCUUUAGCAAUAUGGUAGUUGACUGGACUUUUUCAUCCAUCAUAUUAUCAUCUCAGCCGUACGAUGCCCACUGAUGAGCAUAGGCCUUCCCAUAAGGAUCUCCACAUGUGGAUACUAUUUAAAAAUAAAAUAUUAAUGAUGUGACUGCCGUUAGUGCCACGAGUGCGAGAGAGAUAGAAAGCUGCUUCUAUCACAUUCCUUGUCAUAGUUGUUUUAAAUACAAAUUGCUGCCCUACUUUAUGAUCGAUUUUAAUACCGUUUUUCUUUAAAAAAGUACACUAAAAAAUAACCAAACAAAAAAACCCUAUUGUAAAAAGACGAGGGUAGUUAACUGGUUAAUGACAAAAGACUGAAAUUUCAAUAUAAUUAUGGAAAGGAAAAAAUAAAUUACGUACUUUUAAUUUGUAUCUUCUAUAGAACAUUCAACAUGAAAUUCAUUUCAAUGCUAUAGCAUCUCAUCUUAGAUUAAAACAAAAAGGGAAGAUACGGUACGCUCAUACUAGCAUCAAAUUAAAUAUGCUCCGACUCAACUACUUAUGCAACGCUCACGCACGCAAAUAUACGUUCGAUCGAGCGAGCGAAACACAACUGCACGCUUCAACGGAGCGCGAGCGAAACGGCGAGUUCGCGUCGCUUGGCAACAGACAGCGUUUUCUUUUCUCUCUACAACGGCUGAGCUGUAUUGUUAUCCUUUUCUUAAUAACAAAUGGGGAUAAAAUGAAUAACAUUCAUGACAAACCGUGAUAUUUGAGUUUAUCUUUGUUCAUAUGUAGUUUUACGAAUGAAGUGUUGCCGUGAAAUUGUUAUUUGAUCUUGAACUAUUUGUGUUCUUUAUAAAAGCAUCAAAGCUGUAUUGAUGAUUGCUGAAUCUGUCAUUAUGUAAUCUUCAUUAUUGCCAAGACUUGACUUAAGUUAUUUGUUUAGAUUAAGUAGCGUACAAUAUUAUAAGAAUAAGUAGUUGUGUGUAAAUAAUUUGUGAAUUUUCAAGAAUACUAAAAAUGUCCCAUUGAU